AUGGGGAUUAUGAUGAGGAGAGUAGUAUUUGGGGUGGUUCUGGUUGUUGUGGUGAUGAUUUUGAGUCCUUGUUUGGCUAAUGGGAGAAGCAGUUUUCAUGAGAAGACUAGGGAUGGCAAUGGUAUCAACUCUACCGAUGGAGUUUCUCUUGGAGAGCAAAGUGUUGAGGAAGAUUUUGGUGGAAGAAAGAAAGAUUUUUCAUCUGAAAAUGUAGUAGUUGAAAGGAAAUUUAGUGUGAACAAUAGCGGAAAAGGUGGUGGUGGAAAUAGCGGGAGCAGAAAGGGGAGAGGUGGAGGUGGUGGCGGAGGAGGAGGAGGUGGUGGAGGUGGAGGUGGAGGAAAUGAACAAGGUCAUGGAUGGGGAUGGGGAAGUGGCGGAGGAGGCGGUGGUGGUGGUGGUAGAGGAGGAAAUGGUAAUGGUAAUGGUCAUGGAAUAGGUGGAGGAAGUGGAGGAGGCGGUGGUGGUGGUGGAGGUGGAGGAGGAAAUGGUCAUGGUCAUGGAAUAGGUGGAGGAAGUGGAGGAGGAGGUGGUGGUGGAGGUGGUGGUGGUGGUGGUGGAGGAGGUGGAGGAGGAGGUGGAGGUGGAGGAGGGGGUGGUGGUGGUGAAGGUUUUGGCUUGGAAGAAAUUUUGCGCAAAUAUAUUCGAUAUGCUCUGAACGAGAAACCAUUCAAUCCUGAUGUUGUAGCUGAUUUAAUUCAGCUAAGAAGAGCUUCUGCAUUAAAUGACUCACAAGUUGCUGAGAUUCUAAAUGAAAUUUCACGAAGAAUUGUGAGAGACAAAGGUAAUGUCUUCUUAAUAUUGGACAGUUUUCAUUUGAGUAAUCCUUGUACGUGGUAG